AUGGUGGUGAUCGCGGCGUCCGCAGCGCUGGCCACCCUGGCCGGGGCCGCCACCGCCGCGGAGCUGACGCGGCUGCUGGACGCCCUGGGCCUCCGGAAGUGGAAGUCGCGGAUCCAGGAGGCGGAGAUGGUCUACCAAUGCCCCCCAGCCGCUGAAGCACGGAUCCUGGAGAGCGCCCGGACCGGAGUGCAGGAGUGCAACGCGCUUUGGACUUGGAGUGGCGUGACGGUGUCCUUCCAGGUAGGCUGGCCACUGCAGCUCUGCUUCGAGAACACCGCGGGCGCUUUGGGCUUCUCCACGGAGAUCAAAUCCAGGGCCACCUUCAAGUCUCAGAUCAUCCAGCUCUCCCAAGCCAUGGAGGACUGGCAGCGCCAGAUGGGAAGGAGUCAAAGUGCCAGCGCGUCCUCUUUGGAUUCGCAGAAGCCGGAUCUUGGUCAGCCACCGUCUUUGCGUGCACGCCUGGCUGUUCCAAAAGGGGUGCCGAUGUUCAAUCUGACGCCACAAGCCUCAGGCAUCGUCACGCCGGUGACCAGAGACGACUUCUCAAGAGAGACCUCCGGCGGCAGCACUGGCGAUGAGCAGCCAGGCCAGAAGGGCCGCUCGAAGCCCCCGAAGCGCGAGAAGGACAAGGUGGAGGAGGCUGCCCGGAAGCUACGCUCGUGGACGGAGGACGCGAACGCCGCGCCUUCGCCCGCGAGGGAUCCCAACAGCUUUGCUUCGCAGGUCCUCAUGGGCUUGGGCUUGCAAGCUGCGAAGUCCACCUUGGUUGCAGAGAAGCGCGUAGAUGUGCUGAAGACCCGGUUUGAGAAGUCCAAGGGCUCCAAUCACAGCAGCUCCUUGCCGACCUUGGCUUUGCCCCCCAUGGACUCUGACGCCCGGCGUUGCUUGGCCUCCAGCGACUAG